AUGGAUACUUCGCCAGCACAAAAUGAAAAGCGCGAAGCAACUGAGGACGAAAUCGUGAACCUCGAGCAUGUGGUUGACUCAGUCCCAGGUGUUGUUUGGGUUGCACUGGUAGCCGCAGCUGCUGAAAGAUUCACAUUCUACGCCGCCACAACUCCAUGGCAGAACUACAUACAAAAUGGCAGCGACAGUAUUGCAGUCCCAGGUGCUCUGGGACUUGGCCAAGCAACCGCGACAAAUAUCUCGAACGCCUUCUUUUUCUUUUCAUUUUUAUCGCCUAUGCCGUUUGCUAUUCUCUCAGAUGCAUGGCUGGGCCGCUACAAGACACUAUGCCUGAGUUUUUCGCUUAAUAUAUGUGGAUGUUUAGCGCUUUUUGUUACUUCUCUUCCGUCUGUGACUAAAGGUUCUAUCAAAAUUGCUGGGUUGGCUAUUUCCAUGGUGUUUCUUGGGCUUGGAACAGGCGGGGUCAGAGCCACUGUCUCACCAUUUAUAGGCGAUCAAUAUACAGUCUUGAAACCGCAACUAAUUGUUACCAAAAGUGGCAAAAAAAUCGUUACAGACCGAACAUUGACUCUUCAAUAUAUAUAUAACGUUCUUUACUGGUUCACCAAUAUUGCUAGCCUGUCACUGAUUGCUUCUACAUAUUUGGAGAAAGAAAUUGGCUUCUGGGCUGCCUACCUGCUUCCAUUAUGUACAGUCUGGAUGCUGAUUCCCUUGAUGUUAUUCUGGCAGAAAAAAUUUGUCAAGCUCUCGCCCCAGGGCAAUGCUCUUCCACAGGCUGCAAAGGUCAUUGCAUGUGCAAUACGAGGGCGGUUUCGGUUAGAUGUUGCCAAACCAUCAUUUCAAGCAUCAACUUAUGGAAGGGAAGUUGAAUGGAACGACCAAUUUGUCACCGAAAUGAAAAAAGGCCUCAUCGCCUGCAAAGUCAUGGCCUGCUUUGUACCAUUCUACUUGUGUACAAGUCAACUCACAAACAACUUGAUUUCUCAAGCUGGGCAAACAAGGCUGGGUGGAAUCCCAAAUGACACAAUUCAGGCGCUCAAUUCUAUCGCCUGUGUUCUUCUAGGCCCGAUUUUGCAAAAAAUUCUUUACCCAACACUCCAACGGCAUGGAAUUGCAUUUAGACCUAUUGCACGUAUGACCUCAGCAUUUGUUAUAAUAAGCGCUGCGAUGGCUUUUACCGCUGGAUUACAAAAAUUGAUAUAUAUGCGAGGACCAUGCUAUGGUCAGCCACUUUCUUGUCCAGACUCGAAUAACGGCAGUAUACCCAACGACAUCAGCGUCUGGGCACAGACGCCCAUAUAUUUUUUGCUAGCAGGCGGGGAAAUUCUGGGAUUCGCAACCUUAUCUGAGUAUAGUUACUCCAAAUCGCCGCAGGAUAUGCGCAGCCUGGUACAAGCGUUGCGACAGGUAACUGCAGGAAUUGGAUCUGCAUUAGGAAUAGCUACCUCGCCACUUGCCGUAAACCCAAGAAUAUUGUACCUAUAUACGGGUUUAGCUGCGGUGAUGAUAAUUACUGCCCCAAUAUUCUGGAUGGUAUUCCGGGACUAUGACAAAAUCGACGAAGAGCUCAACUGUAUCGAAUCAGCUCAACCUGCUAACAAUGAUCGUGCGGAGGACUCUAUAUCUGAUGCCCGUCCAUGA